CCUAGGGGUAGUCCUCAACCAGUCUGGGGCCAACCGCCUCCCCGCGCGCCCCACGAUGUGGUCCAGGGCCGUACUGCUGCUGCUGCUGCUGCUUGUGGGCACGAGCAAGGCGACAGAGGAGGCCGGUGCCGCCGACACAGAGACCACCACGGAGAUGGACGAGGCACUCCCCACGGCGCCGCCGUCGCCGCCACUCUGCCCCACGAGCAGCACGCACUUUCAGUGCGACGAGGCGCGCUGCCUGCGCUACGAGGAGGAGCGCCAGGGCGACACCUGCAGCAUGCGCUGCGCCGAGCCGGCCCCGACCUGCCUGCACCGCAAGUACCUCUGCGACGGCGUGCCGGACUGCGAGGACGCCUCCGACGAGGCCGGCUGCCUGCAGUGCGGCCUGGACGCCUUCCCGUGCAAUGGCAUGUGUCGCCGGCGCGAGCUCGUCUGCGACAAGGCCUACAGCCACUGCCGGCCCGCCGGCACCAUCUGCCCCGGGCCGCCGCUGCCGUGCCAGGGCGGCCCGGGCCGCGCCAACCUGACGUGCGACGGCGUGGACGACUGCGGCGGCUUCGACGAGCGCUUCUGUGGCACCCCGCUGGACUGCCAGCCCGGCGCCUUCUUCUGCGACGGCCGCUGCCUCCGGGCGUCGAGGCGCUGUGACGGCGUGCGCCACUGCCAGGACGGCGCCGACGAACUCAACUGCCCCGCCAGCCUGCACGAGGUCGCCGUGGUCUACAAGCACGCCGAGGGAACCGUCACGCGCAGGGAAUGCUUCGACUGCGGCAACGGCCGCUGCGUGUCGCCGAGCGUCAAGUGCGACGGCGUGGACGACUGCGGCAACAAAAAGGACGAGAAGCGGUGCUUCGCGCCCAUCUGCACCGCCGGUGGAGGGCGCAACUGCGUGGCCACCAAGUGCUCGGAGCAGGGCAUCCCCUGCAGCUCCGGCUACCGCUGCGGACGUCUAAAGUGGUCGUGCGACGGCCACCCGCAGUGCGAGGGCGGAGUGGACGAGCCCGCCGAUUGCCUGGCGCCGUCCAAGGUUUACUUCUGCCGCGGAGACGACGUCGAACCGCGGCCCGCGGCCUCCUGGUGCGACGGCAAGCCCGACUGCCCGGGCGCCAACCCCCAGGACGAGGCGGACUGCCCGAGCGAGCCGCCGCUAGCCCGGGUGUACUGCUCUGACAACCGGACCGACCACGGCUACAUACAGGGCGGGCGGGCCGUGGCGUGCGCGCCGCUGCCGCGUCUCAUCCACUGCCACGACGGCAGUCCCCGCCUGGAGACCACGCGCUGCGACGGCGUGGACGACUGCCCCGACGGCGAGGACGAGGAGAGCUGUAGCCACUGCUACGACGGCGCCCUCCUGUGCGACGGCCGCUGCAUCAUGGCGUCACGGCGCUGCGACGGCUUCUUCGACUGCAGUGACGGCGCCGACGAGCGCGGCUGUCACGACGACCUGGUGCUGGGCUCGGCCUUCUUCCACCCGCGCGUGUGCGGCCCUGGGCGCUUCGACUGCGGCAGCCGGUGCAUCGACUCGCAGUUCGUGUGCGACGGCGUCCCGGACUGCGACAACCACGCCGACGAGGCCAACUGCGUGUCGUGCCGGGGCGGCUCGACGGCGUGCUCGGGGCGCUGCGUCCGCCGCGCGGCCGCCUGCCCGUCCGAGGUCGCGUGCACGCUCAGCACCCUGGGCGCGCAGGCGGCGACGGCGGCGGGGACCUGCAACGGCGUCCCGGAGUGCGCGUCCGGCCAGGACGAGGUGGGCUGCGCCAGCGAGGCGGCCUGCCUGGCGGGAGUCUUCUGCGACAACGCGUGCCGCCCGCGGUCCGCGCGCUGCGACGGCGUUCGCGACUGCAGCGACGGGCGUGACGAGCAAGGCUGCCCCGAGGGGCUGGCCAACACGACGACCAAAGAGUCCUGGCGCCGCAUCAACCACCGCGUCGAGUUCACUUGGUCCUACAGCAGCGUGUUCACCGUCGGGGGCUUCACCACCAACGUCACGACCGUCAUCAACGACAGCGUGGCCGUCACCACCACGACCGUCCGACCGCCGCGGCCACCGCCGGAGCCCCUGCCCUGUCCCACCACAACCACCCCGGAGCCCACCACCACCCCGGAGCCCGCGCCCACCCCGGCCCCGCCCCUGCGUGGACACCGACCUCGCAAAAGGGGCGGCGGUAGCGGUCGGCGCCAGCAGCAGCAGCAGCAGCAGCAGCAGCGGCGGCCGAGGAAGCAGAGGAAGCCCGACGGCGAGCGUCAGCAGCACCGCCGGCGCCAGGGGAAGCAGCAGGAGAGUGGAGAGGACACUUGAAGCACACGAACGAGUACUGCCCCAGUGCGCCUCAAAGUAUCACAGUCGGCUGCCGGAGGUGACCGCUCCAGCCCUGAUAUCCCUCAUAUUGGCCUAACUAAUUUUAAUAGACAGUCGCGUCUAAAAUCAGAGGUAGUUUUUUGCGAACCCAGCUCUGAGAAAAUGUUUGUUUGAAAUGCGGAACAUCCAAUAAGGGAUUACCCUAAAAGCAAGUCCGUCAUUUUCUGUUACGAAACGAAGGUUCGACGAAAGUUCAGACAAUACAGCUCUCGUAGCGCCUAACAGGUAGGCAAUAUCUUGCCUGUAUAGCUUGCGUGUACGGCGGGAUAGCCUACCCGAGUCUCGCUGGCGUCGAUCUUUCGUAAUUUACUGAGAGAAACGGGCAUACUUUCCGGACAGUCACGUAAUCCCAACGGGAGAUUACAAACCAGGUGGCUGAUUGGCUCUACCCGCUUUCGUAAUUAGACUGUACCGCCUACUCGCUUGAACCCAUAAGGUGCUAUGUUGAGAGACGAUAGGAUGUGUUUUGUUUGCAUGUGUAGGUACGUGCGGUGUAGUAUGACUACGUUUGCGAACUAGGGCGAAUCAGCCACCUGGAAAAGUCUGCGAAAAAAGACUGGACACUUCCUGAUAGAAAAGAAAAAAAUACUUCAGUUGCCAAAUGUUAGAAGUUAGAAUAGGAUUCUGUAAAAGAGAGACUUGUAGAAAACAUUACUAUCCAGCAUGUAGAAAACUGGUUCAAUUUAAAGUUUUUUAGAUGAAGAAUUUCUUUGCUGGUAAAUCCGGUCAUAGUGUUCUGAUGAGUUUGCCUUCAUGCAAAUUUCAGGAAAAGAAAGUUA